AACCAACCGAGUCGACGACGACGAGCCGAGAGAGAAUUCAGCCCGGCUCUGUGAGCGGGGGCCAAGAAAGGGACACGACAAGCGGAGAAAACCGUUCAGAUUAUAUACUAUACAAGCUGCGAAUAACGCUGUAUGUCUGUCUGUAGUAUUCAAGCAACAACAAUUUCAGUAUAUUUUCUUCCUUACCCCUGAACGUAUCUCGAGUGUUUUAAGUUUAAAACUCGGCCAUUGUGCGUGGAAUUAUCCAGUUUCUCAAUUUACAAAACAAUUUGACAGAUCCUUCAACCACUUGGCAUCAUGUCGAAUCCUGUUAGUCCAUCCUUGAACAAUCUGCCCAAGGUAGCGGUUGAUUUGAAGAGUCAAUUAGAAGGCUUCGAUCAGGCGUGUAUGAAAAAAGCAUCCACGACGGAGAAAAAUGUUCUGCCUUCGGCGAAGGACGUAGCCGUGGAAAAAAAUCAGCAAACCCUCAUUGCUGGAAUUGAAAAAUUUGACCCCACUAAGUUGAAGCAUACGACGACUCAGGAGAAAAAUCCUCUUCCCGACAAGGAAGUAAUCCAACAAGAGAAGGGAAAGCAAGAACUCAUUUCUGGUAUUGAAAAUUUUAAUCCUGCGAAACUAAAGCAUGCAGUGACCCAAGAAAAAAAUGUCCUCCCAACCAAAGAAGCAAUUGCCGCUGAGAAAGUGUCCGCAUAAAGUGGAAAUUGGUUACGAAUAACGACCAUCAAAGGAGAGACUUGUGAUUUCGCUACUUUUGUAUAUCGUAUAUAUAUAUAUAAUAUUUUAUAUUAAUUACCGACGAUAUAAAACAAAGCGAGCAUCCUAACGUUAAUAUUAAUCUUAUGGAUUAUACUUAAAAAAAACUAGCAUCUUAUGCUUUAUUUCGCGCGAAUCAUAAUUAUAAUAAUUACAAGUCGAAGCCCCUAAUUAUUCGACGAAUCCUACGCAAGAAAAAAAAAAAUAUGUCAAUAAGAUUUAUAAGUUGGCAUUAAUUUCCUUAAUAAUAUGAUAAUAAGCGAGAAAAAAAGACAACUCUAGAUUCGAUAUAGUUUAUUUUUGCAUCUCACGUGUAAUUUUGUCGCGAACAUUUAAUUUUGUUCAUAAUUUAACUGCUGAUAAAGCAAAAGAAAAGAAAAAUGAAGAAAAUGCGGAAAAAAAGACGAAACCCAAUAUUAUUAUUAUAAGUAUGAGCAUAUUAUUUUUCAAUGAAAACAAUUUUUUAUAACAAACAAAACACACAAUUUAUAUAGCAAUAAAUAAGUAACGAUGAUGCAACACUGUCAAAAUGUUUGUGCAACAACAACAAAGAAAAAACAAAACAGUAUUUUAUAUAUUGGGCUAUUGUAUACUUUUUUAACAUUCAUAUACAAUGAAUUUUCCGAAUACGAUUAGGAAAUAAUAAACAAACAUUUUUACGCAA